CUUGCUCCUCCCUUAUCUCGUGCGCGCUUACAAAGGCCUCUUGCCUCUCUCACGCGCGUUCACAGUUUCUUAAAAUCGCUUCGUCAUUUCUGUCCAUUGCUCCCAACAUUCUUCAGAUCAACAAGAAAACCUCAUCUCCAGAGAUCCGCAACGCAAUAGUAGCCUUCAUCUGCAGAUCUUAAGAUCAUUCAUCUCUGUUUAGGAUUUUACAAGCCGCAAUGCAGAGCCCUAACUCAUCAAGUGAAGAACGUCGAUUAGAAGUUCGAAAAUUAGAGAUUUCGGACAAGAACAAGGGAUUCAUUGAGCUAUUGCAGCAACUGACCGUUUGCGAUUCUGUGUCCGACAAGGACUUCGAAGAUAGGUUUCAGGAAUUAAUCGCCCUUGGAGACGAUCAUAUCAUUUGUGUCAUAGAGGACGAUCGAUCGGGGAAGAUCAUCGCCACUGGAAGCGUUUUCAUCGAGAAGAAAUUCAUAAGAAACUGUGGGAAAGCAGGGCACAUCGAAGACGUGGUGGUGGAUUCGAAUGCUCGAGGGAUGCAAUUAGGGAAGAAAAUCGUAGAGUUUCUUACGAAUCAUGCUCGUGCAAUGGGAUGCUAUAAGGUAAUUCUUGAUUGCAGCGUUGAGAAUCGAGGAUUCUACGAGAAGUGUGGGUUCGAGCAUAAGGCGAUUCAGAUGGCGAAAUACUUCAGUUGAAGAAGCCAAUAACGUGUUGCGACUUCGCGAUUGUAAGUGGAUUCUUCUCUGGAGAAUUUUCCUGCGCAAUUACCUUUCAUAUUUCUCUUUGUUUUGAUGAAUUUCUUCGAACACAAAUUAUUCGCGUCUCACUCUCACUUUCUUCAAAAGUGAAUUUCUCGGUAUUGAAUAUUCUGUUGGUGUCAAAA